AGCAUGAGAGAACUCAGUUCACAGCGGGACCCGGAGCAAUACACCAAACUCACAACAACAGUGAUAUAAUCCGAUAGAAAACCCCCCACCAUCUACACACACAGUACCUUACAUGGGGUAUAUGAGAGUAGUCUAGUAGGACGGAAUGUGUAGAGGAGGAAGUAUGACGACUAUAAACUCCAUGUUUAACUAAUAUCUAUAUAUCUAGGGGUAUAUGAGAGUAGUCUAGUAGGACGGAAUGUGUAGAGGAGGAAGUAUGACGACUAUGUACCCCUUCAUGGAUACAAGCCAUAUGGCAACCCUCAAGCUGGGCGGAGAUCCGUCCUAUUCUCAGCAAACCUAUCUUCCAUAUCCACAACCUCAUCAUCAUCCAUACUCUAGGGAUAUCUUACACACACCCCACCCCAUGUUCCCAGGUGACCCGCUGGCCCUUCAUGAACCAGCGAUGAGCUGGUCAACCGCUCAACCUGUUGGACCUAACCCAAUGUAUCCGUCCUAUAUGAACCAAAUGACCUCACAUCAUGGUGCUUUCUUUAGAUAUAUGAGACAACCUGUAAAGCAGGAGGUGACCUGCCAGUGGCUUGAGCCCGACCAGCUCGGGAAGUCCUGCACCAAGACCUUCAGCUCCCUGCACGAGAUAGUGACGCACUUGACCGUGGACCAUGUGGGCGGGCCGGAGAUAUCCAACCACGCCUGUUUCUGGGAAUCCUGUCCCAGGGCGGGCAGGCCCUUUAAAGCCAAGUAUAAACUAGUGAAUCAUAUCAGAGUGCAUACCGGAGAAAAACCAUUUCCCUGUCCGUUCCCCGGAUGCGGAAAAGUAUUUGCAAGAUCGGAGAAUUUAAAGAUACACAAGAGAACACAUACAGGUGAGAAACCGUUUGAGUGCGAGUUCGACGGAUGUGAUCGAAGGUUUGCAAACUCGAGUGAUAGAAAAAAGCACUCGCAUGUUCACACGAGCGAUAAACCUUACAACUGCAAGGUUCGAGGUUGCGAUAAAUCCUACACCCAUCCGUCCUCUCUCCGUAAACACAUGAAGGUACACGGGAAGGAUGCUGUGAGUCAGUAUGAUAGUGAGGAUAGUGAUGAUGAGGCAUCCUCCCCCUCCUCUUCCAUCCCGGGACACACCCCCGUCCCGCCCUCUCAUCAAGUACAGGGACAGGAGUGGUACUGCCACGCCCAGUCCUUGCCGACUCCGCCCUCCGACCAUACGUCUCCGGGACAUCAUAGUUCUGUCAAAUUUGAAAAUCAUCAUAGUAUCGGAGGGAUUAUUGGAAACCAAGGGUAUUAAACCAGAACCUGAUCCCGGUUCUGAUUUUUAUAUUGUAGUUAUAUCCUGAACCUGAACCUGGUGCUGGUUCUUAUACCGGAGAUAAAUCCUGAACCUGAACAUGAUCCGAGUGCUGGUGCUCAUACCGGAGAUGUAUCCUGAAUCUUAUCCUGGUUACCGGAGAUGUAUCCUGAAACCGAACCUGAUCCUGGUUCUGGUUUGUAUAUACUGGAGAUGAGGUCUGAACCAAACCCUGAUCUUGGUUCUGGGUUUCAUACGAGAGAUAUAUCCUGAACCGUAACCUGAUCCUGGUUAGGGUUCUCUAACUGGAGAUAUAUUCUGAACCAGAACCUGAAGAACCAGAGAAGAAGUAAUUUUCUUCUUUUUACGAAACCGGUAAAUUUAACAGUCAAUUAAUACUUGUAGAUUCAGAGAAAUCUCUCAGCGAAGGAGAUCAGAGACUAUCAAACCUGGCGACAAACAUAAAACCUGAGAAAUAUGUCCUGAAACUAUGGAAUAUAUUCUGUGAUUCUGAGAUAUAGAUAAAUUGAAGUGGAAGGUCGGAAAAACUCAAAACAUGUAAUCCAGAGAUUUUCUUAAACCUUAUGUCUGGUGUUAUCCUACCUGCACCCUGAACUCCGAUCCUAGAAACCAGAAUUCUCUUGGUACACUGGUAUAAAGUGCCCUGGCCUUAAAUCCUGAAUUAUAUUCUUGCCUUUUGCUCUUUCAUGAGACCUGGAAUCGCUUUAUUUAUAAAUAGGUGAUUAAUUUAUUUGAAACUAUAGCAAUAAACAAGGAAUGGCAAUACAAAUAUUAAGUGAUAAAUUGCUUGCAAGCAAUAUUUAAACCACAGUGAUAUAUUGAACAAGCAUAGGAGUUUCAGUGACGACAUUAAACUAUGCUACCUCCCACCACCACCUUGCCUAAAUAAAUCUUAUUAUGUAAAAUGUGGUUCUUGUAAUCAAUCAAUAAAUAACUUUAACGGAUUUUUUACCUAUUCAAAAAUACACAUAUGCUCCAACUUUUGUAUUUUGGAAUUUAUCUCUUUAUUCUAAUUUCGUGGAUUGUAUAAUUAUUUUCAAGUUAUUUUUGAUAACGAUAAAAUAAAGAAUCUUUUUAAAAAUUUAGGCUUACUUUGCUUUCAUAUCAUAUGGGACAGUUUAACGUACGCAAAAGUAUAUUUUAGAAAUCCACGAAAUUUCCAUGAACCCCAGAUUUUCUGACAAAGUCCAAAGAUUAUGAUAGCGAUAAUAUCGAUAACUCUGAGAUAUUUUUCAGCGCUAAGAUAGGUUGAAUAUUUUGUGUUCCUUACUCCAAAAAUUGGGAUAUUAUGUGUUUGUUUAAAUAAGUGAACAACCCCUUUAAGUAAGCAAUGUAUGUAUGCACACCUAUUAGUUUUAGGAACCUGCUAAACUAGGUUUUCUCCGGGUACCUUUCAGAUCAAUGUUAGCUCUAGCUAACUGGAACUCUAUUUUAAAAAAAGGACCCUGGCAAACCUAGAAAGUUCUGAGUAAACCUAUGCUAGCUCUAGGUACCUGUUAUACCUAGUAUUUUGUACUUGCUCCUAUUUAUAGAUCUCACCUUUUCUUUUUUUAAUGCACAGUCUUGGUGAAUACAACAAACUUGAUCAAAAUAAAUUAGAAAAUAUU